AUGCAAUAAAUGUUCAAAUAACAAUAAGCUUAAUAAUUUUUAGCACAAUAAUUUUCUAGCAAACCUGAUAAGAUCAAACUUUCAAAUUUGAUUCCUACACAGAUCAAUGAGAACUUUUUUAACAAAAUAACCAAUGAUGUUAUGGAGAAGAAACCUUUAUCACCAAGAUCAAGCAAUUAAGCAUCUAAACCAUCUUAAAAGCCAUCCCAACAAAUCGCCAUUCAUAAAUCCAACACUUCCUUGCAAAAUAAAAGUCAUAUUGUAAAUGAAUAAUUCUAAGAAAAAUUGAACCAAUUUAGUAAGAGGAGAGAUUAUUCACCCAAUUCCCAAUUAAGCAACUAUAAAAAAAACGAAGAAUUCAUAUAAAGGAGACCUUCCUCACUUGUGAAUGAUGAAUAUUCAGCCACUCCUUAAAUUAACAGAUUUAUAGCAAAAUCUCCAACACCAUCCGAAAUAUAAGAAAGCGUAGCUUCUCUACUCUAAAACCAUUAAACUAUUUCAUCUCCAAAAGGUUCAAAUUCACAAAAACCAAAGACUAAUCCAUUGCAACUGGGACCCUAUUUGUCAAUCCAAUAGUAGCAACCUAAAUCAAACCAUAAAUUGAAAGGGCAUAGUUCAGCCAAUUCAGUUUCAUAUAAUUUGAAACCACAUAUUCUAAAGAAAUGCGAUUUCGGAAUGAAUCACACACCAACGAAAGUUACGACUACAACAUUAAACACAGAACAUAGCAAGAGUAAAUCAGUUUUGGAUGAGCAGUGUAUUAGAAUGAUAUAUUAUGACAGAGAGAAAGAGAAUGACAUGAAUUUGUUAAACAUUGGUACUCCAAGUACUUAUUUGCAUUCUAAAAUAUCAAUAGAAUAACAAAGUGUUGGUGAAAGUUUAAAUAGCAAAUUCCAUUAAGCCAAAAUGUUAACUUAAUAAUCGCCAUAUCAAAAUACAAGUGGAUCCAAUGAUCACCUACAGGAAUCAUUUCCUGUUAGAACAUGCAUAAAUCAUAGAACCAAGAAGGCUAAAUACUUUGUUGAUGAACAUCAAAAGCAGUAAUUCUAUUGUUCACAAUGUGCUAUUGUUGUUGCUAGUCAAGGCAAGAUUGUGUAAGAUUUAAGCCAAUUGAUUAUCAAGUCUUAAGAAUCCUAAAUAUUAUCAUUUUAAUCAAGUUCAGUAGAUUCAAAUAGACAUUCAAAUUCUUCAGAUGUUAAUUUCAAGGAAAGAGAAUUAAGUGGGUUUUUAACCAAAUUGGAAUACUCACAUUCUCAAAGAGGUGAUAUGUUAAAUUAAAUGCAAAAUCAAAUUGAGAAAAUUAAUGCAUGGUAUGAAUCUUAAAUUGGAAAAUGUCAAUAGUCCAAACAAGUAAUGCAGCAGAUAAUUAAUGAUGCUUGUAAUAACAGUAUUCAGAUACUGUAGAAUUAACGAUAAGAAUCUUUAAAAUAAUUAUCUAACUUAUACUACGUAUUAUAGUAGCAUUAACUGGAUGCCUAAAAUAUCAAAUAGGAUAUUGAAAAGAAUUGGACUGAAGUCUUAGAAGAUAUAAGAAUGGAACCUUUCAGAAAGAUCAUGGAUUAUUAUUAGUCUGAAUUUGUAAAAAUGAAUGAAUUCCAAAUUCAGUUACUAUCAUCAACAAUUCAAAUGAAGUCUUUGGCGAAGACAGAUAUGCAGUCUACCUUAGCUUUGAUUGUGUCGAAUUUUUAAUUAAAUGAAUCUGAACAACAAUUAAUUCUACAUAACAAUUCAAUUUUCAAUCAAACCAUUAGAACAUAGCCUACUCCUCCAAAGAAACGAACUGAUACUGUAGAUUCUUAAAUCAACUAAUCAAAUUAGUAAUAGAGAGUUAAAACCGAUUACAGUGGAUCCAAAACUCAACCAUAAAACAAUGAAACUCCAUCUAAUUUUUACUAAUAUUUUAAUGAUACAAAUAUUUAUUAACUCAGUGCUUCCAAACUAUAAUCAUAAUAAUAACAAUCACAAUAACACCCAAAUAAAAACAAUCUUUAUAUUUCUUUUGAAAAUAAAGAUAUAUUUAUGAAUAUUUUGGAAUCUGAAAAGAAUUCCAAAUAAAGCAUACACGAAGACAAAUAAUCUGUCACUUCUAAUCCUAUUAUGAUUUUAGAGAGUUACAGAGAAUCCAAAAAGAACAUACCUGAAGAAGAGCAACAAUUAAGUGAUCAUGAAUCACCCAAAUCCACUCCUCACAGUCCUGCCAGUGGAUAAACUAAACAAUCAGUCUAAAGGACAGCCACCAAAUUAGAAGAGCAUGCUCAAAUACCAAAGGAUGCCUUCUAAAAAUCAAAAAGCACUUUCAGAACUCUAUUUGAUAAUACUGAAGAUCAAUAAAAUAGUGAAGUACUCCAAAACGAUUCGAGCGUCAGUCCUGCUAAAAGUGAGAAAUUCAGAACUAUUCUAAACAAAAUCUCGAAUAAUCAAUCCAAAACAUAAUAGUAAAUAAUCCCAUUUAUUCCUAUUUAGAUUUUAUCAAUAGAUGAUUCAGUCUAGUCAAAAAAAUACGAACUAUAAGGAGUUUAAUGUUUAUAAUAUCUACAAGAUACUGAAACCUGUAAGAAGGCUAUUUUGUCAAAUAAAUAAUCUUAAUUGAUGGAUUCAGUUCAAUAAAUGAAUCUGUGUGAUGAUCAAUAAGAUCCAAGUGAAUUUGAGAAUGACGAAGACAAGGAAGUGUAAUAGAUGUUUAGUUCCAAAGAGAUGAAACAUUUCAGUGAUUAAAAGUAAAUGACAUAUCCCAGCGAGUCAAGUCAAAAUAAUAGUCAUGUAGAAAUACGAAAAGACUAAUAUCAAAAAACAUUGUUUUGUUCCCCACAAUUCAAGGAUUAAGACAUUUUGAAUGUAUCUGAAAGCAGUGGUGAUUCAAAUUGAUUUUUUAAUUAAAAUAUAAAUCAAUUAAAUUUAUAUCCU